AUGGCUCCGAUUCGUAGGUAUCUCCGCAUCACUAAGUACUCCGUUUUAGAAUGUCGCAUCUAUGUCGAUAACCCCGCCCUCGCAGAGAGCUGGCUGCUGAACCCAAGAACUCCAGUUCUCCCUCGCGUUAUCGAAAGCGUUCGGCCCUUAGUAUUGCCCAAAAUCCGCGAGGAGAGCGAACGCAGUAAAACCAAAAGCGGGAAAAGGAAAGGGGUGAAAGAUGUUGUCGUAGAGGAGGACUUCGAAGUCUCGAUCUUCUUGACUGAGACGAGUACCCGGCAUUCCCUCCUCACGAAGCAAAAAAAUUUCCGAGAAAAAGGCAAAAAGUCACUUGAAUCCAACUCCCACAAGCUUAUAGGGGCUACAAAUGAAACUGCUAUCGAUGUUGAGGAUGCAUCGGUUAUUCGACGAGAAGAGACCGAAGAGGAUGGCUUGAAUCUGCAGGAUUUCCCCGUGGCAGACGCCGUGGACUCGCUCUUCGUGGCCGAGGAUGAAGAAGCUAGAGGAUCCAAACGCCCCAGAGCUACUCGCGGUACAGAAUGGGCGCCAGGAUCCUCUCAAGACUCUUCCCCAGGAUCAGAGCCACUGCAGAAACGGAGGAGAGAUACGGACGCCCCGGCGGCAGAACCGAUUGAUGACAAGAAGAAGAUGAUAUUGGAUACAUCAUAUGAGGGCUUUGCAAUUUAUGGCAGAGUACUAUGCCUGGUCGUAAAACGGAGGGAGGCGAAUAAAGGGUCAUCGUUGAGUGGUGGUCAGGCAAUGAUGGAAGAUUGGAUCACAUCAACUCAAAUGCCACCUCUAGACGACGACGGCUGA